UUGGAAGAGCUCCACUGAGCGCAACAAAUUUGUGUAUUAAAAAUUCUUUUGUCGUUUUCAAUCGGAGCGGGGGAGAGAGAUUGGAGAUUUCUACUUUUGAGGAAUUCUAGAGAACAAGAGCUAUGGAAGAAUCCAUCAAGGACCAGCAAUCUACUCCAUUUCCUGGUAACGCAGCCAGACCCAAGCUUCAGCGCUAUGCUUUGCGUUCGGGGAAUAAUAAAUCUAAAGAUGACAAGCUUCCUGCUCCUGAAUUGUCGAAUCCUCCUUCUUCUGCCUCAAAGAGGGGAAGAUCUGUGUCCAGUGUGAGCAAAAGUGUUGGAGUCCUUGAACUAUCUGCCAAGGACAAGUCCGCUAAACCACCAAGAAGGCUCUCUAUACCAACUAAAAAUCUAAGCCCGACUCGAAAAUUAGUUGGCAACAUUACACCAAUAUCAGAGGUCCGGAGAACUGCUAGGAGCCAGGGGAAAAGUGACACACCUGUUUCUGACUUUUCGCGGUCAAGCAAGAAAACAUUCCACCUUUUAUCUUCUACAUCAUAUUGGCUAUCGCAGAUCAAGCUCUCUGAAGCUGCUUCUAAGCAUUCAGUGUCGCUUGGAUUCUUUAAGCUUGCAUUGGAGGCAGGGUGCAAGCCUCUUCAUCGGAUGCGUGAUGAACUCAAAUCCUAUAUUAAUCGUUGCAACCUUGAUGAAAGUGAACAAACGGUGAAAGAUUUGCUAGAAAACUACAAUUCCGCACAAGAAACAGAGCAACUACAGGUCUCUGAAUCCAUUUCCCAGGGACCUGAAGUGGGAACAAGGUCUUCAGAUGAUGAAGUUCAUAGCUCUUCAUCCUCAGUAGAGCCUCGGAAGCUUAAACCAAAAUCCUUAAACGCCGAUGUCUCCAAAACUACCCCAGUCACUGAGGUCAAUCAGAGAAAUCUUACUACAACACCAAGAAACAGAGGAACUUGGAAUAAAAAUGUUGCCCCAAAUUCAACUUCAGAGACAACGAAAAAAUCUUUGAAGAAACCCCAUAAGUCAAACAAGCAAGAACCCAUUCAAGGAAAGGAAAAGACCAAGAAGCAAGGAAAGAAACAGCCCAGCGAGAAGGCUCCAGCUACCACAAGUCCUGAAGAAGAUUCUGUGCAAUCAAACAAAGAAAAUUUGGAGGCUCCCCAAAUUGAAGUGAUUUCAACAGAACAAUUAGUGAUGUGAAGAUAAUAAUAAUAUAACUGAUGGGGAAUUUUAUUGUUUCGUUCCUAUUUUGGUUAUUGUAAUAUUUGUGUGGGGUUUUGAAGUGGGUGAUCUCUUUCGAGUACAGGAGUGAGUUUAAGUAAUGAAUUGAAAGUGUGUCAACCUGUCUUGUGGUGUGUGCUUUCUUCUUUGUCAUAAAACAUAAUAGUUUGUAAGUCAAUUCCUCCUCUGUUGCUAAAUACAUUAUACAGGGGGAGGAGAUAUUACUAUAUCUCAAAUUGUAUUGAAAUUUAUGAUAGUUGAUUCAGAUUCAUUGUUUUUAAAA